AUGGAUAACCAUGAAAACCAUGAUCAUGAUAACCUCCAUUGUCUAUUCGGCCUACAUGAGCUACCGAUAGAACCACACGGUCUCUUCUGGCAAGACGACUUCAUCACCCCCGAACAUGAAACACAGCUCCUCUCCAUCUUCCGCUCCCUUGACUGGCCUGACCGGUCUGGCCGUCUCGCUCUACAUUACGGGUAUACCUUUGACUACACCACUUUCGGGGUCGAUCCAAACGUGCCUUUUAUACCUUUUCCAGAAUGGUUGAUUCCGUUGAUUCCGAAGGUUCCCCAGCACAAUGAUAAAAACCAAACAAGUCAAGCAAGUCAAGCAAGCCAAGAAGUUGGACGCCCCCCCGACCAAGUCUGUCUACAGUAUUAUCCGCCCGGAAGCGGGAUUCCGCCUCAUGUCGACGCCCACGGGGCCUGGGACGAACUGUACGCUUUAUCGCUGGGCGCCCCGACGCUGAUGGAGUUCCGGCAAGGCGAGAGACGGGUGGAGGUCGAUCUCACCCCGCGCAGUCUGAUGUGCAUGUCCGGCGACUCCAGGCUGCAUUGGACGCAUGGCAUUAAGAAGCGCAAGACGGAUCCCCUUCCGGACGGGAGGGUGCGGCCACGUGGCGAGCGCUGGAGUCUGACGUAUCGCUGGGUGAGGAGGGGGGAGUGUGAGUGUGGUGAUCUUGCCCUGUGUGAUGUUGCGAGGAGGAGGGGGGGGAUAGAGAAGGAGAUGAGGUCUGUUAAGUAA